UUUAUUCUUUCUUCCUUCCUUCUUUAUUCCAGACUGAAAGCUAAAUUCAAAUAGUGGCUGUCACUCUAGAUUUAAAAUCUCUGUGUGUUAAUAAUCUACAGGGCUUGUGAUUCUUUGCAUAUAAACAGGCAUUCUCUCUGUUUAACAAACUUUGAAUCCUGACCCUAAUGGACUUGAAAGAGAUGAAGUCGUUGAACAUAAAGAGAAAUGAACGAAUAGAUGUUGACUACAUAAAAGGGAUUCUUCAGCCUACACCCACUUGUGCUAUCUGGGAUGAAAUCUGGAACUUUCAAGCCAAGCCGGACGAUCUACUUAUUUCUACCUAUCCCAAAGCAGGAACAACUUGGACCCAGGAGAUAGUAGACAUGAUAGAAAAUGAUGGAAAUAUUGAGAAAUGUAAACGAGCUCCUACUCACCUUCGAUUUCCUUUCAUUGAAUGGAUAGUUCCAUCAAUACCUUCUGGUUUGGCUCAAGCUAAUGCAAUGCCAUCACCACGCACACUAAAAACUCACCUUCCCAUCCAGCUAUUGCCACCAUCCUUCUUGGAGAAGGGCUGUAAGAUAAUCUACAUGGCAAGAAAUGCCAAGGACAAUUUGGUGUCCUAUUACCAUUUCCAAAAGAUGAAUGCAGCACUUCCUGAUCCAGGAACCUGGGAGGAGUAUUUUGAAGAUUUCCUGGAAGGAAAAGUGUGCUGGGGUUCCUGGCAUGAUCAUGUGAAAGGAUGGUGGGAUGCAAAAGACAAAUAUCCCAUUCUCUACCUCUUCUAUGAGGACAUGAAGAAGAGCCCAAAGUGUGAAAUUAGAAAGAUAAUGGAAUUCAUGGGGAAGAACCUAGAUGAAGAUGCUUUAGAUAAAAUCAUCUAUCAUACCUCUUUUGACAUAAUGAAAAAGAAUCCGAUGGCAAAUUACACAUCAGUUCCUGGUGAAAUUAUGGACCACUCUGUUUCCCCAUUCAUGAGAAAAGGGUCUGUAGGAGACUGGAAGAGCUACUUCACUGUGGCCCAGAAUGAGAGAUUUGAUAAAGACUACAAGAAGAAAAUGAUGGGUACCACUCUGACUUUCUGCUCCAGUGUCUAAGAAGAAAUCAGAAGGAACCCAAAUGUAUGAAGACUUUAUCUGCAACUCUUGAAUUCUCCUAUCAUUUAUACUAGCACUAUCUUACAGCAUUGUUUUAAGGAUAUUUAUAAAGUGCUUUGCAAACCUUAAAGUGCUAUAUACGUAUUAGUCAUUGUUAUUGUUAUUAUUAUGUUUAGUCAUCAUCAUUCUGCUAAUUAAAAGGAUUGCAUUUUUUUUUGUUCAUUCCCUUCUCAAGAAGCUAGAAAUUCUGUGAUUAAAGUUGUCAUGGACUUAA